AUGGAGGGCCGCGACCCCACCGUCCGCAUCGCGGUGGUAGGGGACCCUGGCGUGGGCAAGACGAGCCUCAUUACCGCCGCUGCGACGGAGACCUUCCCUGAUCACCCCCCUCCCGUGCUCCCCCCCGCCAUCCUCCCCGCCGAAACCGUGCCGGAGUGCGUGCCGGUGGUCAUCACCGACACCUCCUCCCGCCCCGAGGAUGCAGCAGCCCUGGAGCUGGCGGUGCAGGAGGCCUCCGUGGUCGUCCUGUGCUUUGCCAUGGACAGGCCGAACACCCUGGCCAGGGUAUCCAGGCACUGGAUCCCGGAGCUGCGCCGGAUGGCGGGGGGCGCCCACGUCCCGGUGCUGCUGGUCGGGUGCAAGGCCGAUGCCCGGCCCGCCGACCACACCCUGCAAGCGGCCGUCGUGCCCAUCCUGCAGAACAACCCCGCCGUGGAGACGUGCAUGGAGUGCUCCGCCAAGAAGCUGCAGUACGUGGGGGAGGUGUUUUACCUCGCGCUCCGGGCGGUGGUGCACCCCACCGCCCCCCUCUUCGACGCCCAGGCCCAGACCCUGAGGCCCCUCUGCUCUCGCGCCCUCAAGCGCAUCUUUAUGCUCUGCGACAAGGACAAGGAUGGGAUUCUCAACGAGGCGGAGCUGAACGCCUUCCAGAUCCACUGCUUCAAUGCCCCUCUCCAGACCGAGGAGUUGAUAGGCGUGAAGCAAGUCGUCGCGGAGCGAGUUCCCGAGGGCGUCCAGAACGGCGGGCUAACCCUGCCGGGCUUCAUCUUCCUGCAUGCGCUGUUCAUCGAGAGGGGGCGGCUGGAGACCACGUGGGCGGUACUGCGGCGGUACGGCUACAACAACGACCUGGUGCUGUCCCAGGAGACGCUGUCUGCCGUGAACUUCUCGCACGCCCCAGACCAGGUGUUGGAACUGUCGGAGGAGGGGCGUGCCUUCUUCACCAGCGUGUUUGAGCGAUGCGACGUCGACGAUGAUGGCGUCCUCUCGACGCGGGAGCAGGAGGAGAUGUUCUCCACCUCGCCCGGCAGCCCAUGGUCCACCCCCGCCUACGAUGGCGUGCUGGUGGAGACGAGCAAGCGCGGCCUGCUGUCCCUGCGCGGCUUCCUGGCCAAGUGGGCGUACACCACCGCGACCGAGCCGGAGGUCACCCUCGCCUACGCCCUCUACUUCGGGUGA